CAACAAUCUCUAUUGAAAUCCAGCAACGAAAAUGGGGUUUCUGAAGGAUAACGGCGUCGUUUACAAACCUGUCAAUGAAAUCGAUCUCAGCCCUCACAGCGAUGAAGUCUACCUCUAUGCCGACGUCAAAGCUCCUCGAAUGGCUGGAACUGUUGCGAGGAUAUUCGUUUGGUUUCUGGAGAUGAAGAUCAUCGGCGAUGUGUUGCUGUAUUUCCUGAAGAAGAACAAUCGAAUUCAGAAGCUUGUUUCAUUUGCAGUAUUGGAUGAAUCACCUUUAUAUGUUCCUUUUCAGCCUUAUGAAGAUGUUAAACAAUGUGAAGAAUCAAAAUGCUUAGACUCAGGUUUGACUCCAGCAGAACAAGUUCAACAGGCUAAGGAAUGUUUACAGUUUUUAGACAAAAGUUUGGAUGAAAGUUUUCACCGUUGGACAAUAAUGGAUUAUUCAAGAGCAUAUAAAUCGCAAAAAAUAACCCCUCUCAUGGUUGCAGAGCGGUUGGUAUCAGCAGUCAUGCAAUCUUCUGCUCCAGGGACGGAUAUGUCAUUUUUCAUUAAUUAUGAAUCUCGUGAUAUUCUAAAGCAAGCUACUGAGUCAACUCUUCGGUAUGAGAGAGGUGAACCGAUUUCAAUACUAGAUGGAGUCCCGAUUGCUGUUAAAGACGAAAUAGAUUGUAUGCCAUAUCCAACAACAGGGGGUUCAAAGUGGUUGCAUAAGGUAAGACCUUGCAAAGAAGAUGCUUGUUGUGUUAAGCGACUCAGAUCAUGUGGUGCCAUUCUUGUGGGAAAAACAAAUAUGCAUGAGCUCGGGGCAGGAACCAGUGGAAUCAACCCACAUUAUGGGACAACCCGGAAUCCAUAUGAUCCGAACAGAAUCUCUGGUGGUUCAUCUAGUGGAUCUGCUGCUGUUGUUUGUGCAGGGCUAUGCCCUGUAGCCCUUGGUGUUGAUGGGGGAGGAUCGGUGAGAAUGCCGGCUGCUCUCUGUGGUGUUGUUGGUUUAAAACCAUCUUUUGGUCGCAUACCAUACUCUGGGGUUAUCCCUUGGAACUGGACAGUUGGAAUGGUUGGGAUACUAGCGGGCACAGUUGAGGAUUCGUUGAUCGUUUAUGCUGCAGUGAGCGGAGGAGCUGAAGCACAACAACCAACUAUGAAUCAGCAGCCUAAACUAUACCUCCCCAUGCUAAAGCCUUCUAACCAGAUGUCCAUCAAGCUCGCAAAAUCUAAAGAGUGGUUUAAUGACUGCAGUGAUGACAUCAGAAUAUGCUGUUUAACUGCUCUAGAUAAUCUCUAUAAAUGCUACGGAUGGCAGACUGUGGAAGUGACUAUACCAGAUAUAGAGGCGAUGCGUUUGGCACAUUAUGUAACUAUAGGUUCAGAAUGUGCAGCUUCUUUUGCUCAUUAUUUGGAAAAAUUUGAUAAGUCAGAAUCUGGAUCUGAUGUAAGAGUAGCACUUUCUGUAUACGGAGCUUUCAGUAGUAGGGAUUACUUACAAGCACAACGCAUAAGGAAUCGUCAAAUGAAGAUUCAUGAAAAGAUAUUUGGUAUGGCUGAUGUCAUCGUUACACCUACAGUCGGCAUAACAGCAUAUGAAAUAAAGGAUGAUGUUAAGAAAACCGGUGAACUCGACUACGUCAAUGGAGCUUCACUCGUUCGAUAUUCUAUAGCUGGAAACUUUCUAGGACUUCCAGCUGUCACUGUGCCGAUUGGAUAUGACAAACUUGGAUUGCCCAUUGGCAUUCAAUUUAUUGGAAAACAUUGGUCUGAAGAUAUGUUGAUACAGAUAGCCUAUGCAAUGGAGGCAUUGUGCAAGGCAGAAUACAAAAAGCCAAAGGUUUACUAUGAUCUACUAACUGAGAUCUAACCAAAUUACAAAAAUUACCUAAUCACAGAAUUUAAAAAAAAAAAUAGAUGAAUAAUAACAACUUAUAUAUUUCC